AUGGUCGUGGCACAGCCCAUCUUCAGCUUGUCAUCGGGACACCAGGUCGUAUCCAUCCGGUCUCGACCAGUCCCUGUCAGCUAUGAAGCCUCUGCAUUGGGAGGUGCGAAGCAUACAGCUCAACAAGCAAGUUCCCUUAAUUGUUUCUCAUUUAUUUCCCUGUUCCUCCCUAGCUGGAAUUUACCCGAGAGGUCUAACAGUCGAGAGAAAGCUCAGCCACGCAGAGGCUGUGCAGAUCACUCGCCACACGCUAUUGAAGCCCGUCGGUCUUGCACCCCCAUUGGAGCCCAGUCACCUGUCCACUGCAGCAUGAUGUGA